AUGGCCGCGCGGCAGUGGACCGCCAUCAUCGCCGGCCUCUGCUACUUCAUCACCAUCCCCUUCCUCAUCCUCGUCCUCAUCGGCAACACCCACAUCAACGGCUUCCUCGACGACAUCUUCUUCUUCAAGCUCGACGUCUCCCACAUCAUCCCCAUCUCCGUCGAGAACUCGAACCUGCUCAACUCCGUCGCCCGGAGCCUCGGCCUGCACGACUUUUACCAGGUCGGCGUGUGGAGCUACUGCGAGGGCUACAACGAUGAAGGCGUCACGUUCUGCUCCCCGCCGAAAUCCUUCUUCUGGUUCGACCCCGUCGAGGUCCUCGUCGGCGAGCUCCUGGCCGGCGCCCGCAUCGCCCUGCCCUCCGAGGUCGUCACCAUCCUGACCCUGCUGCGCAUCGGCUCCCAGGUCAUGUACGCCUUCUUCAUGUCCGGCAUCGUCCUCAACUGCGUCCUCCUGCUCCUGACCCCGCUGGUCCUCAAGACGCGCUGGUUCAGCCUGUGCACGGCCCUCAUCGGCUUCGUCGCCGGCCUCGUCCUCACCGUCGCCGCCGUCAUCGCCACCGUCAUCAGCGUCGCCGCCAAGAUCGCCCUCACGGCGCAGGACCAGCUCAACAUCCACUGCGACAUUGGCGGCAAGAUGUUUGUCUUUAUGUGGAUCGCCGCGCUGGCGACGGACUUUGCGUUCAUCUUGCAUGCCGCCAUGGGGUGCUGCUGUGCGCCGGACAAGAGGAACGGGUCGAGGGCGGCGUCGCCGUCGUCGGGGAUGCAGGAGAAGGGCGUGCCUUCGCCUUUGCCUAGCUUCCUCCGACGCAGGAAUCGCUUGUCUUCAUGA